GAAUAUGGAUGAACCUAAACCGGUUCUGCUCCACAAGCUGGAGGGGUCAACCAAUGAAAUACACGCUGCUAUUAUCAUUCCAGGAGAGAACGGGGUGAUAUCUGUGAGCGCUGACAGAUCUGUGCGCGUAUGGCAGCUGCGUGACAGCGGACAGUACUGGCCAAGUAUCUGUCACUAUAUGGGAGCUGCAGCAACAGCUCUUCAUUAUACACAUGAAACCAGGAAUUUGUUUGUUGGUUUGGAUACUGGUAGUAUUGAGGAAUUUACACUUUCUCCAGAUUAUAACAGGAUGGAGAGUGUACGUGUUUACAACGCGCACCAGAAUGCGCGAGUUUGUCGGAUACUGGUUGACCGGGAGAAUAGUUGGCUACUGUCCGGGGGCAGGGAUAAAUACUUUCACUUCCACUGCACUGUUACAGGGAAGAGACUUGGAGGAUAUCAGUGCAAUGCCUGGUGCACUUCUUUAGCUUACGAUACUGAUGCCAAAUAUGCUUUCGUAGGCGACUACAGUGGUAGUAUUACAGUUUGUAAACUAGAAACUUCAGGAGUUAAAUUCAUCACAUCUCUCAAGGGUCAGGCAGGAAGUAUCCGUUGUCUUGCCUGGGAUGGGACUAAGAACUGGCUGUAUUCAGGAAGCUUUGACAGUACAGUGUUUGUGUGGGAUAUAGCUAAAAUAAAUUUGAUAAAUCAAAUAAAUAUAAAGUUUUGUUCAAAUUAUUUUUCAGAAAUGUUUUUACCUUUUUUUAGAUUGCUAUCUUCUGGCGAGGAUGGGAAACUCGUUUGCUGGGACAUGUCUUUACAAAGACUUGAGACUCCUGACUGGGCUGAAUCUGACAACUGUCAACUCUGCAAUAGACCCUUCUUCUGGAACAUGAAGAGCAUGUAUGAACAGAAACAGAUAGGAUUGAGACAACAUCACUGCAGGAGAUGUGGAAAAGCUAUCUGUGAUAAUUGUUCAAGUAAACGCAGUAUUCUCCCAGCAAGGGGCCACGAAUACCCUGUUCGGGUGUGUGAGAACUGUUAUAUAAAUGUUCAACCGGUGGAGAAGAAAUCAAUGGCUAAUUUCUACGAAACCAGGGGUAUGGUAAGCUGGAUGGAUUAUGACGAGGAAAGGAAACUACUGCUGACAGUGUCUAGAGAUAACAUCAUGAAGAUCUGGAAUAUUGAAAAUAUUCUUCAGGUGGCCGUCUAUACCGGGCCAUAGCCCUCUCACCACGUGAUUGAUUCGCCGAUCCAUCAAGACCAGGAUCAAUCGAUCAAUCAAGACCAGGGUCAAUCGAUCAAUCAAGUCCAGAAUUUAUCGAAUCGGAGCCCGGAUGAAAACUCGACGCAAAGAGCCCGACCCCGAUCCCCUCAGAUAAAUUUCUCCUAAACGAUUUCUGGAUUCUAUUAAUGUCGUUAAAUCUAGUCCUGUCUAUCUUGGACAUGACUUAUAUGUCGUGUCUAUCUUGGUCACAUCUUAAACGUUGUGUCUAUUGUGGUCUCUGAUUAUAUAAUCGUGUCUAGUACUAAUGUAACCAACCAGAGUUAAAGUUAACCAAAUUGAUUAGUCCUAAUACCAAAAGCUCCGAUGUAUUCCUAACAUUAAAGGAACGGAAUGAAUCGCUUAUAUAAAACAAAAUUUUGAUUUGAUUUAAAGAAUUACCAUAUUUGUCACUUAGUGUAUUUCAAACCCCUGAUUAUACAUUAUACAACCUUGGUGGAUUGAGUAUACUUCAGUAACAAUGUUUAACUUAGUAAUGGAUGAGGAAAUUUAUUAAUUUCUAUUUGUAUAUUUUUAAAACAACUUUCUCUGAACCUUCUGUCAACUUAGGAGGUGGCUGUAUUCUCUUGAAAUAGGACACAAAAAACUCAAUAUUUAUGGUUUUCCAAAUAAAACUACAUUGGCAGGCUUUCAAAUUCCGUUAAAGCUGGAAAUAAUAACCAACCUUGAUUUGUUUUAUUUCUUAGUAAUUAAAGUUCCUAAAGCUCUUGUGGAUUAUUUUAGUUUUUAUCAAGUUUAGAAAGAAUUAAUUUUAAAAGCUCUGUGGAAAUGAAAAAAAAAUAAGAGCUACUCUUUACAGUUUAGUCAUACAAUAUUACAUUUUAGGCAUAUAAAGGGAGGGUUGAAUCAAAAUUAAUGCCUUGACCGAAAAUGUUUCCGGAAAAAAAUACAGAGCUUUCCUAGAAAAGAGAAGAAGAAUAAGCUAAAAGCUAAAUAAUUUUUCAAAAUUUGUUUUUUCCAAAAAACUUUCAAAAUACAUUUGUUGAUGAAAGCUUAAUUUCUGAUAGAAACUUGAAGGAAAAAUUUUCAGAGUUUUAAAAACUUUUGAUCUUGGCUUAAAAUAGAAAAUUGAGCAUAAGUCCUGACUCAGUCGCAUUAAUUCGGGGCUCCGCUGUAAAUCUUAAUUGUGUACAUUUGAAUUGUACAAUUUAAAAAUAUUUGUUCAAUUAUUAAAAAAAAAUUUAAGGAAUGCUAGAAACAAAAUAAUUACUACAAGCCUUAUUUAUUUACUUUAUGGUGAAAACAGUUCCUUUAGGAGACAAAGAUGUCAAAUAAACUCAAAAAAAAUUAUUAACUAAGUUUAAGAAAAUGCACUUGUUUUUCUCCAUUUCUUCUCCUCCGAAGUUUUCCAAAUUUAGAAAGUACCAACAGUGUUCUACACUUUCGUACAUUUUAUGUCUUGUCACUUACUGUACGGUCGGAUGUUAAAGAUUUAGGUGUAAUUAAUUUUUUUCGCAUUUAUUCAAAUGGAUUUUAAAUCCAAGUAAUUAAGAUUCAUUGACAUUACAUAAUAAUAUUUAUUCAAAUGGAUUUUUGAAAAACUCUUGUCCAAGUUUAUUAAAAUUAAUUGAUGUUACAAAAUGAUAUUUGGUUUAUGCUAACAGAUUUUGAUUAAACUC